AUGAAUUUGCCUAAAACAUAUUGGGGAGAAGCUGUUGUGUCUGCUGCCUAUCUCAUCAAUCGUACUCCAUCCAGCGCCCUUCACUUUAAAACUCCACAACAGACUCUGGAAUCUUAUUUCUCCAUUCCUCACAUUUCCAACCUUGAGCCUCGUGUUUUUGGGUGCACGGUGUAUGUCCAUAUCCCCAAGGUAUUACGAAAAAAAUUGGAUCCUUGUGCUAAAAAAUGUGUAUUUGUGGGUUACUCUAAUGUACAAAAAGGUUACAGGUGUUAUGAUCCCGUUCUCCACAAAAUGCAUGUCAGCAUGGACGUGUCUUUUCAAGAAUUGGAACCAUAUUAUUCAGGGGGAGAUUCUGUUAAUUCUUCUCAGGGGGAGAUACCUACUACUGAAGAAGAAAUUAUAACUCUUCAACACACUCCUGGACCAGAUGUUACCUUUCCCACGAAUGAUUUUGCUACGCGUCUAACACCUAUAACUGAGGCAUCGUCCCUGGAUGUUCCUGAAUCCAUACCUGAGGUAAACACUAAUCCUACUCCUAUGUCUUCAAAUGGACCUUCUAUUACUAGCAUAGAUGGUCUCAUCUUACCUGUUAGAGUGUCACAAAGACCAAAUAAAGGUGUACCAAAACAGCUUUAUGAAUCAGAUCCAAACUCUAAGGAUGCUUUGGAUGAUCCAAAUAGGAAGGAAGCCAUGAAUGUAGAAAUGAAGGCCUUACAAAAAAACUCAACAUAUAAAGCCAGAUUAGUUGCUAAGGGAUACACACAAAAAUAUGGGGUUGAUUACCAAGAUACAUUUGCACCAGUAGCAAAAUUGAACACAAUUCGUAUUCUGAUUUCUAUAGCAGCUAACAGGGACUGGCCACUCAAGCAAUGUGAUGAUUUAUUUGAAAUGGAGUUAUUGGAAAGACAUUUAGCAAAUGAGUUUGAAAUAAAAGAUCUAGGAUCAUUAAAAUAUCAAAGGCUAGUAGGGAGGCUAAUUUAUUUAUCACAUACUAGGUCAGACAUUGCUUAUGCAGUUAGUGUUGUGAGCAGAUUUAUGCACAACCCAAGUGAGGAUCACAUGGCUGCUGUGUAUCGAAUAUUGAGGUAUUUAAAAGGGUGCCCAGGGAAAGGUAUGCUUUACUCAAAAAAUAAUAGUCCCGAAAUUAAAGGCUACACAGAUUCAGAUUGGGCUGGAGAUAAAACUACCAGACAGUCAACUUCGGGAUAUUUUACUUUUGUUGAAGACAAUCUAGUUACUUGGAAGAGUAAGAAGCAGAAAGUUGUGGCUAGAUCGAGUGCAGAAGCAGAGUUUAGAGGAAUGGCACAUGGAGUGUGUGAAUUAUUGUGGAUUAAGAGCAUCCUACAAGACUUAGGAAUCUGCUACAAUCAGCCUAUGGAGUUACAUUGUGAUAGUAAAACUGCUAUUGAAAUUGUCCAUAAUCCUGUUCAACAUGAUAGCACCAAGCAUGUAGAAGUGGAUAGACACUUUAUCAAGGAAAAGCUAGAUCAAAAAAUUAUUCAAUUUCCAUAUAUCAAAUCUGAAGAUCAGUUAGCCGACAUCUUGACAAAGGCUGUAUCAGGAAAAGUGUUUGAAGAAGCAAUUAACAAGUUGGGCAUGAUAGAUAUCUAUGCACCAACUUGA